AUGGCAACCGUCGUCUAUGAUGGUGUCGGUAGUGGAGGGAAUCUAUUUGCGGGAACAAAGUUCUUCGUCUUACAGCGUGUGCCUGAUCGUCCGAGGUGGAUUGGGCUAGUGAAGGAUAACGGGGGAGAAAUUGUGAUGCUUGAGAAGCAAGCCGACAUCAUUAUUGCCGACCAUGCGAGGAAAGAAUGCCCAGCUGGAUCCAUAUCUUGGAAAUAUAUCCAAGACUCGGUAAAGGCUGGCGAACUGAGGGAUAUCGAAGAGUAUCGUUGUACGCCGAUGCAAGUUGGAUCUAGGAAAGUUGGAUCUGGGCAACCUACAAAACAGGGAAGGACGCUUUUUACGGCCGAGGAUGACCGUGUCCUUGAGAGGUGGGUUACCAAAGCUGCACGGCAAGGCCUCUCAACCAAAGGAAAUGAGAUCUAUAAACAGCUAGAAGCCGUGAACAGCCGGCAUACUGCCCAGUCAUGGCGUGACCGUUGGAUCAAGUACCUUGCCUGUCGACCACGGUCAGACAUUGCUGAUGAACCCUCUCCAACACACUCAGGCAGACCAAAGCCAGUUACGGAGGUGAACCAGUCUGUUCGAAAACCCACUCCCCGACAUGGCGAACGCACAACCCCAUCUCGCAUAAGUCCGGAACCAAGACGCCAAACUCGACCAGAAGCUUCUCGAUCAGCAUCGAGGAAUCCACCAGCCGACUCUUUUGAUACAAAAUCUACCACAGGACCAAGGAUAUUGACGCCAGGAGAAGAAAGACCGCGCAUCAGAAAAUCUGCGGGCGGAAUCAAUUUUACACAAGAGGAGGCAGAACUUUUGAGCAAAAGCUAUGAUGAUAUUUUGAAUAUACAUCCGGAUCAUGAUAUUGAUGCAUGGAUGGCCUGGGCUGCUGAAUAUCCCAACCAUACUGCCCAAGAAUGGCGAGAUUACUUUUUCAAAGAGUUGAAGCCUCUUAUGGAAAAAAGAGCGAGAAGACAGUCCGACAAGGAAGCACUACAAAGCGAACCAACUUCGACUACCAGAUCAAGGUCAAAUUCCUCUAAACGAGAGUUAUCCUGGCAGACACCCAAAUCAGGAUUUCGGGUAUCAGCUGCCGAGAUCUCUGAAUCUCCACCCCCCGUGGAGGAAAGUACAGGCCAUCCGGCAAUGGACGAAAACUUAUUCGUUAAACACAUGGUGUUGCUUGCCGAAGGACUGGGGCUCGAGGUAAACUUCAAACCUAUUAUCUGUGGGAGGACCAUUCCACUUUUCGCACUUUGGCAAGUCGUCAAUUCAGAUGAACUUGGCGGGUUUGACGAAGUAACUGCGAAACGUCUCUGGGGUCAGGUCGCCAGAAAACUCAACUUCAAUACAUUUACACACCCGAAUGCGGCGAAAGAUCUUGAGGCUUGUUACAAGGAGGUCCUAACACUUUUUGACGAAGCAGAGGAGGAACAUAACGAGAGGAAUAAAGAUUUGACGGAUUCGCAGGAGCAGGCGAUGAUUGAAUCUCAACUUCGAAAAACUGCCACUCUCGAAGCCCACAAUAUUGAAGAGGAAGUUUCUGGAAAUGAGGCAAUGGAAGAAGACCAGGAUUAUGAUGAUAAUCUUGACAUGUCGUUAUCCUUGCGUUCACAGUCGGCAUUGUCAUCUUCCGGCAAAAGGAGAAUUGGACAUAGUCAUAAUAACUACGGAGAGUCUUCCCUUCCUGGAUCUUACGGCAAACGUCAGCGGAUCGACAAAGGCAAAGUCAAGGAGCUGGAGAUCCCAUCAACUCCCGAGGACACUAAUAACCACCAUAUACCGAAGCCAUCUAAGGAAAUCGACCUUUCUCCUACCCCCAGCCGUGUAGCACGACGACGAAUCAUAGAGCCUGAGACCCAAGAGUUUCACUUCCCGUCUCAACAAGAUGAUGUGCCUGAAAGCCCCUUGUUCAUAUCGUCUUCUCCUCCUCGCAGAGAUACCCCACAUCGAAAUGGAGACUCGGCGGUGUCUAGAGGGGCACGCAAAGAUUCUCCAACAAAUCUCACGGCUGAAUCUGAACAGGAGGCAGAGCUAUAUGCCUUCAUAGAACGCCACAUAGCGCUGGGCUAUUCUCAAGAACAUGUAAUAGCAGCCCUGGAGGCUACAACUAUGAACACCGGUGAUGCAGGAGUGGUUAUGGAAGCACUACAGUCAGGUGGUAGCAUACCAGAUAACAUUCAAGGGGUCUGGACUAAUUGGGAUGACGAGGCAUUGAAGGAUGUUGAUCAUCCUGACUAUCAACGAGUUGUAGAGAAGCAUGGGAGGGAAGGAGUGGUUUUGAGGCAGAGAUUCCUGGAGGAUCAGAAGAUGGCAAAAGAGCUGUUGGAUCAGGGUUCGGUAGACUGAGCCUUGAAUAUCCAAACGGCAUGUGGAGACAUCGUAUGGGAUUAUAUGGGAAUUCUAUUGGGAUAAUGAAGCAGGAGCCAACGGUGGCGAGUGUUGGAAAAAAGGGGGUUGGAUGCCUGACGCUCAAGGCAUAAAGAUGAUGCGAGGCACGUUUUGACCGCUAAGGGAUUGUACAGUGGGAGAGUUCGCCUCAGCUUUCAGCGGAUCGACUGGAGGGUGCUCCUGGUAAAAUGGUAUAUGCAAUGUAUUGCCAACGAUCUGAUUGUGCUGUGC